CCGAUUACUUAUACCAGAAUGAGAUAGGUGAUAUCUUUCAUCCUCAUAUAUUAGAUUAUUAGUUGGAUUGGUUGCAGUAUUAUACACUGCUUCAAUAUGAAAAGACGUACACAGAAAUAAUUGAAUAAAAUGGAAGUUAUUUCAAAAUUAUUCGCGCUGACUUUAUUGUCAUGUGUAGUUUAUAUAAACACAGACAAACCGUGUGCACCAAAGCAGUUUCCACAAAAGGAGUCCAUAGUGUGUGUAUGUAAUGCAACAUAUUGUGACGAUUUCAUCAGGCAGGCUCCUGAGGAAGGAUCCUACGUUACUUAUACAUCUUCAAAGGAUGGAAUGCGCUUCAAAAAAGAAGUACGAAAUUUUCAAAAUGACGGCAAGUCCAUUUUUCGUAAUACUUUAUCACAAAUGUACAAGUCCUUACGUCAUAUAUUUAUAAAAGUUAUGCCUCCCAAUAAAAAUCAAACUACAAAAAUAAAGAAAAAAACUCAUAAACAAAAUGGGACCUGUUACGACUAUUUAGAAAUUGAUCCCAGUACAACCUAUCAAACUGUAGAAGGCUUCGGAAGUUCUGUCACCGACGCUGCAGGGAUGAAUUGGGAAAACCUUGAUCCAGCAUUGCGCUAUGAAAUGAUAAAGUCAUAUUUUAGUGAAGAAGGUCUCGAAUACAAUAUGGUGAGGGUCCCAAUCGGCGGGUCUGACUUCUCGACACACCCCUACGCUUACAAUGAACUGCCUGAAGAUGACAUUAACCUUACUAACUACACUCUAGCACCAGAGGACUUCCAAUUAAAGAUCCCAAUGCUGCAUCAAAUUCUGAACCUAUCAGCAGAUGCAGUUCACAUAGUUGGUACAGUCUGGUCUCCGCCACCCUGGAUGAAGACGAACGAUGCCUAUACGGGGUUUAGUCGCUUGAAAAGGGAAUACUAUCAAACCUAUGCGGAAUAUCACAUGAAAUUCAUAGAAAAAUAUGAAGCUGAGAAUAUUCCUAUAUGGGCAAUAACAACCACAAAUGAGCCUGUUAAUGGAGUAUUUAAUUUAGCCACAUUUAAUACACUCGGCUGGACUGCUGGCGAAUUGGGAAAUUGGAUACUUAACUAUUUAGGACCAACAUUGCGUAACUCGACGUUCAACAAAGUUAAAAUUUUAACAUGCGACGACCAGCGCUACUCCAUUCCGUUCUUCUUUAAUAUACUAAUAAAAGAAUACCCAGAAGCAAUAAACUACAUAGAUGGGAUCGCAGUACAUUACUAUGGAGAUAAGAUAAUACCAGCGUCUGUAUUGGAUAUCGCUACAAGGAAUCAUCCGGAUAAAUUCAUUCUAGCCACUGAAGCCUGUGAAGGGUCAAUGCCUUGGGAAGAAGAUGUCGACCUUGGAUCAUGGGGCAGAGCAAAUGGCUAUAUAACUGAUAUAAUGGAGGAUCUGAAUCAUCACGUCGUAGGCUGGAUAGAUUGGAACAUGUGUUUAAACACGCAAGGAGGUCCAAAUUGGGUGUCCAAUUUCGUCGACUCCCCCAUCAUCAUAAGCGACGAUAAACAGGAGUUCUAUAAACAACCGAUGUUCUACGCUAUGGGACAUUUCUCCAAAUUCAUUCCCAGAGGCUCCAUUAGAAUUGAAGUUACAAAAAAUAAGUCUAGUUGUAGAAAACCUAUCCAACAUGUUGCGUUUUUGACUCCUAGGAAUACGACUGUGGUGGUUCUUGCUAACAGAGGUAACGCGAGAUCUGUAAAGGUCACAUGUCAAGGAGAUACAAUGUUUGUACAUAUGAAUGAACAUUCUAUUACUUCAAUCGAAUUUGUCACGAAGAAAGGAUCCAAUGAAAAUAGCUCUUUAGAUAUAUCAGAUUUUAUACCCGAUUUUUGAAGAUCUGUUAUUAUAGUACCUAUCGUCCACACAAUAAUAUUAGA